AUGUCGCAAUCAGAUUUACCUCAUAUCCCAGAAAGACCUCGAAGAAGGAAGACGUCACCAAUGCAAUCAUCUUUAUCACAAGAGGAACUUAACGAGGUUGAGCCAUCACUUCCAGCAACAGGACAGGCAAGCGUUAAAGAAACAACUCCAAGUAUUCCAUCGAGGCGUCCCAUAAGGAAGGCUCAGACGAUCCAAACGAUAGGAAACAACGAUAUUAAUACUACUGAUGUCGAAACUCAAAUACCAUUAUUACCUGAACGAAGACCAAUGAAACAUUCAGUCACUGAAGAAAUUGAUAAUCUUAUUCAAAAUACGGACUCUGAAUUGAAAGAAAUGGAAAAUAUGUUAUCUUCUGUUCAUGCACAAAUUCCACAUCCACCACGGAGACCUAAUAAGAAUCAUGGCACUGCUACUUCUAAUCAUGGCCAUGAGGAAAACAUUAAUAGUCAAGGCGAUGAAAAUGAUACAAAACAACAAAAUCUUGUUCAUGAGAUGGGAGAGGAUGGGUUGCAAGGAAAAAAAUCAAGUAACAAGUCUUUUUCUUCGAUAAAGGAGCCCGUUCCCGAUGGUAGCUCAGAAGGAAAUGUUGUUGAAAGUAUAGGAAACAUUUUUUCUGAACCCAUGUUGCAGACAUCACAACCAAAAAUAGCUGAAGAGGGCCAAGUUGAUAAUUCAAUCGAGGUAACAGAAGGGACAAAAGAAGAAACUAAAGAUCAAAGUGUUGAUACUACAGAUUCAGUAGCAAUGCCAUCCCCAGAAUCCGAAGUAGUUACUACCGAUCCUGCCAGCAAAGUAAAAGAAGUUGUGGAAGAACAUGAAAAUGAAAACAAAAAUGAAGAGCAAUUACAGGAAAAAGUUUACAAAGAUGAAGACGAUAUUACAGUUAAAAAUGACAUUGCUACUUCUGGUAUCAGUUCUAAAGCUGAACCAGCAAUCACUCCAAAGAUUCCGGAAAGAAGGCCAACAAUUGGGAGAGUUGAUACUCCAAAGAUGGAGUCGAUAUCUCAUGAUAAUAUUGUGGAAGUUAUUCAUGCAGAUGUCAAAGAGGAAGGACUCCAAGGUAAAGCUGAAACUGAAACUAUCGAAGCAGUCCCAUCUGACGAUGCUACCCCAACAAUACUACCAAAAAUGCCUGAAAGAAGACCGGCUAUUUCUAGUACGAAUAGUAGUGCUAAAGAGGAGUCAAUAUUUGAAAAGAAAAAUGAAGGCCACGAUAUAGUACCUCACAAGGAAGAGAAGGAAAACAAAUCUGAAAUGGAACCUAAAGUAGAUAUCUUAUCAAAUGUACCUGAAAGUACACCAGUCCAUAAAGUGGAUAAUGAAGGGGAAGCAGUCUCAGAAGAUAUUGAUACGGAUUUGAGAACCGGACAAGAGCCGAGUGUGGAAGAACCUGCAGUCAGUCCUUCGAAGGGAAACGAUGAAUUGCUUUCUGAAGGAAAAGAAGAAGAAGCACCUGAAGAAGAAGCACAUACAGAAGAAGCGCAUAAACAAGAAGCACCUGAAGAAGAAGCACAUAAUGAAGAAAAGGUAGAACCGAAGAUUCCUGAAAGACCCAAAAAGCGUGCACCACCACCAGUGCCUAAGAAACCAUCAUCAAGGAUUGCCGCAUUGCAUGAAAUGUUGAAAAAGCAACAAGAGGAAAAUAUGGCAAAAGUCAAUGAACCAUUUUCUAAAGGAAGUGAGAAAGAAAAUGACUCAAAGGAUACCGAUAAUGAAGGGAAAGCAGAAUUUGUUAAGAAUUUGAAUGGGCUAUUUGCGCUCCCUGGGAUGGCACCUGGAGGGCCAAUUCUAAAUAAAAAAUUAUCACCUGAUGCAGCCUCUAAUGCAGUGGAAGAGCAAUUGAACUUAAAGCAGGCAGAAGAAGCAAUGGGGGAUGAAUCAACCGGUAUGGGGACACGUAGAAGGGCAAGAGGUCCACGUGGUAGGAAGUUACCUUCCAAAAUUGCUAAGACUGAAAAAAUAGUUGAUAUUAAAGAAGAUGAAAAUGUUAUCCAAAUUUUCAAUACCUGGAAAAUUGUAUGUCGUUCAGAAGGCGCAGUAGUAAAGAGUGAUGGAUUAGGAUCUCUCGAUAAAGAAGGAAAAGAGGGACAAGAAGAGCACGAAGAAGAAGUUGAGAAUGAUGAUGAUGAAUUUAUCGAUGCCUUAGAAAUAAAGGAGAUCGAAUCUCACCAUGGAAAAAGGCACGUUAGUGAAUCAGUUGCGAUUAAGAAAAAUCAUACUGGGUUAGAGCUAGAAGAAGCUGUAGCUGAUGCCAUUGAUUCACGAGACCAAGAUGAUUCAAUUGAGAUAUUGGAGCAAGGUUUAGAAGAUGAAGCGCAGAGUGCAAUGGAGCGACAAAUGAUGGAGGAAGAUAAGCCUAUUGAUGAGCUGCUGAAAGACCAAAGUGGUUUAAACUAG